UUUAUUUUGAAAAACCGCCAAAGUGUUAUGGGCAUGCGCAACUGCCUCCACGGCAACAAUAUGCCAGGACAACACAAUAUCCCCGCUGAAGUCGGCGAGCAGCCCGAGCAAGAACCUUUGGAGGCCGCAGGGGCAGCUGCCCCCGGUGCUGGGCCUGGCCCAGCCGAAGAAAUGGAGACCGAACCGUCUGACAAUGAGCCCGUCGCCGACGAGACUAGCACUGAGGUCCUUGGAACCCCUGAAGUCUCCAAAUCUGAGUUCCAGGACCUCAACCAGGGCAUCGAGGAGGUCCGAGUGGGUGGAGACUACAGCCCACCUCCAGAGGAAGCCAUGCCAUUUGAGACCAAACAGUCCAGCCUCAGCGAUUUCUGGCCCACCUUGGAGCAGCUUGGAACAUCUGGGACCCAAGCAGGCAUCAAAGCCUUUAAUCCAGCGCUUUUGGAGCCCAGGCCCCCCAGUGGUGAGAACCCAGGCCUGGGAACCUACAGCCCCCCACCAGAAGAAACCAUGCCAUUUGAGUUCAACGAACCUGCCCAAGAAGACCGUAGCCAGUUGCGCUUGCAAGUCCCAGACCUUGCUCCAGGAGGUCCGAAGGCAGGAGUCGUCAAAGCUCUUCCCGCGGAGCCCGGGAACCUCAGAUCUGCAAACGCUGGCUUCCGAGACGACUACAGUCCUCCACCAGAAGAAUCUGUGCCAUUUGGGCUUGAAGGAGAAGAAUUUGGGGGCGAUAGCCCACCCCCAGGACUCCCCCGCGUCAUCCCACAAAUCGGCAUUGGCGGCGAGUUCCCGGCAGCCGCGGUCCCGAGUGCGCUCAGCCUCGCUCCCGCCGAGAACGCGCCUCCCCUCUGGGUCCACAGCGCCAUUGACAGACCGUUCAGCGAGGCUAUCAGAUCUCCUCCUAACUUCGCAUGCGACAGCCCCCCAAUGGAGAUCUCCAGACCCCCGCUUGAGAUUGGCAGAGCCUCCACUAGGGUCGACGACGACACCACUGUCAAUAUGGACGGCCCCCCAAUCGCAAGUGAUGGCCCGCCCAUCGAAGUCUCCGGAGCCCCAGAUAAGAGCGAGUGCGCAGAGAGACCCCCAGUUGAGCGAGAAGCAGCCGAGAUGGAAGGAAGCCCAACCACCGCAGCUGCGGAGGAAGGAAAAGUCCCUUCUCCGGAGAGAAGAGACGGAUCCUUCGCCGAGCCAGAAGCCAUGGAUGCCAAGCCAGCCCCUGCUGCCCAAGCCGUCGCUGCUGAACCAGAACCUGCCGCCGCCGCCAGCGGAUCUCCUCCGGCCCCAGCAACACCCACGGAUCUCCAGACCGAUUCUGAACAAGAAGUCGGAGCAGCUCCUGCUGUCCGAGCUGAGCCUGACGGAGGGGCAGCCCCCGUCGCCCCAGCCACCCCUGCCGAGCCUGAAGAGGACGGCGAAGCAGCCAGCGGAGUUCCAGCAGCCGGAGUUCCAGCAGCCGAGCCAGCCUCCGAGGCAGUCCCUGCCACCAAAGCCGAGUCUGCCUCCGGGGCAGCCCCUGCCGCUCAGGUGGAGCCCGCAGUCGCGGCAGUCUCUGCCACCCUGGCAGAGCCUGCCGCCCGGGCAGCCCCUAUCACCCCUCCGGAGCCCGCUCCCCGGCCAAUCCCCACUGCCAGAGCCCAUCCAGCUGCCGGGGCAGUCCCCGGAGCCCCAGCAAUGUCAGCCUCCGCUAGGGCAACCGCCGCUAGGGCAGCCUAUGCAGGUCCUCUGGUCUGGGGAGCCAGGUCACUCUCUGCUACUCCCGCCGCCCAGGCAUGCCUUCCUGCCCGCGCAGCUGCCGCCGCCCGGGCAGCCUCUGCUGCCCGGGCAGUCGCUGCCGGCUACUCAAUCUCUGACGCCCGAGCAAUGGCUAUCGGCAGAACAAUCCCUACCGCCCCAAGCAGAGCCCAUCUUAGACCCCCCAGUCCCGAGAUCCAGGUGGCUGAUCCGCCUACUCCGAGGCCUGUUCCGAGGCCAUCCGCCUGGCCAGACAAGUACGAGCGUGGCCGAAGCUGCUGCAGGUACGAGGAGGCGUCGUCCGUCAUCUGCGAGAUCGACUCCUCUAGUGAUGAGUCGGAAGAAGGGGCCAACGGCUGCUUCCAGUGGCUUCUGCGGCGAAACCGCCGCCCCGGCCAGCCCCGGAGCCAUUCGGUCGGAUGCAACCCAGUGCGCAACUUCUUCGCCAGAACCUUUGGAAGCUGCUUCGGUCUCUCCGAGAGAUCCCGUUCCCUCAGCCCGAGGAAGGCCAAGGAUCCUUUCGAGGAGAGGCGCAAACAGAUGCGCAAAGAAGCCAUUGAGAUGCGAGAGCAGAAGCGCGCAGAUAAGAAACGCAGCAAGCUCAUCGACAAGCAACUGGAGGAGGAGAAGAUGGACUACAUGUGUACGCACCGCCUGCUGCUUCUAGGGAGAAAAGUGGUGCCGAGCCACACUGAGGGUCGUUACCGGCCGGAGGCCAGCGCCAGAGCCAGCGAUCCUAGGCUGGACAGGCGGGGGCGUGAGGUGAGCCCGGAAUUGCUGGGGUGGGCCCUUCGGGGCUCCCCCAGUUAUGUUUGUGAUCGCGGUGGGCUAGGGCCAUCCGGGUGCGCGCCCCCGCCUCGCCUGCUGCUUCGACUCAGACAGCUUGUUGUUGGUGUGUGUUAGUGUCCAUUUUCUGUGUUCGCCUGUGCAUGACAUGCUCAGUGUGUCCCAGUUUUCAUCCAUAGCACCUUCAAUGUACCCGCCGAUUGUGUAUUUGUACUCUAAAAUGGGCUGUCUUGUGAUUUGCGCCAUGGCGCGAGCAAAACUUUCCGUGUUGGCACACUCUGUGAAACCUCAGCGCGGACUCUCAGCAGCGAGCAGAGAGAAAAUACGCAGGCAAAGGUGGCUGGGCAUCCUGGGUAAUAUGCCGGGCUGCAGGCGGGGGGGGGGGGGGGGGGGGGGGGGGGCCGUAGCCGCGGGCCUCCAUAACCUUUUCCCCCCUGUAUGUCUUUCUCCCUUUUUUUCCUUUGCGCUAAGCGUUUCCUCACUUCUCAAUUCGUACGUCAAACCCUCCCGCCUUAACGGUUGAAAAACCAGACACUCAGGUAUCUGGGGCUUUGGGGUUGUGAACAACGUCUGUAUUUUGUAUUGUGCGCACACACACACACACACACACACACACACACACACACACACAUACUGGGCCCACCUGGGGGGAGGGAAGAGGGAGGAGGAACGGGGGACAUUUUAGCCCUGUUGGCAAGGCCACAUUAUAAACACACGGGGUUGAUUUUUAAGGGGGUGGGCGUGGCUGAGUUUAAAAACUAUAUGAAAUAAUUUUCUUCUUAGCGAAGAGCCCGAGGUAAGCCAAUCAAUCACUUAACAUUUUUACAGCCUAUGGUAGGAGGGGCCCUGGUUGAAAAGGUUGGGACUUCUGCUGGGAGGGCAAUGUUGCCUUUGUAUUUUAAUUGCAAUUAAAAAAUAAAAAAAUUAAAUACUUUUGAGUGCAUAAUGAAUGUGUGGACAAGCAUGGGGCGCUGGAGCUAUGACUUGUGAACUGUGUCAAUGUUUGUAUGUGACUCUUUUUCAAGCAGCUUUAGCUGGGGAAAGAGGACAAAGGUAAGAUCUUUUCUAAAUCAGUUUGGGGUUUAAAAAAAUAAAGACUUUAGGAUGAAGAUUGAACAAAUGUUAUGGCAG